UUAAAUAAACAAAAUUAAAGACUAUUAGAAUUUUUUACUACUGUUUAUAUUUAAAAAAAAAAUAGGUGUUCGGCCAUUUUAAUUUGCAAAAAAAAACUAGAUUAAAUAAAAACUUUUUCGUUUUGUGUUGUGUUAAUUUUUGAAGAAAAUGGCGAAUGUCCCUUUAGUGCGUCGUGCUAUAGCUGGUGCUGCUCUAGCUCAUGGUUCUCCUGCUCCACCUAGCCAGAAUAAUGCCAUGCUAAUAGAAGACCAGGAAAACCAAUGGACUCCCGCUGCUUUGGAGAGAGCAGGAUCAACUUUGAAAGCACUCAAUCGGAUGGCGAAACGUCCGCCUGUGCAUAUAUUAUUUGAAGAUAUCGCGUAUACCGUCAGUUCACAUAAAGGUAAAUGAAAAAUUAUAUAACAUAAAGCUAUAGUAUUUGUCAACAAAAAAUCGCAGGAGUCUUUUAAGACUUUUACUAAAAUAAUUAUUAAUUUAAGUUUUUAUCACAAUAAAAAAAUGUGAAAUCAAAGAUGAUAAAUCAAAAAUAUAUUUUAUAUUAAUUAACAUUUCCAAAAUAUACUUAAGUAAACUUAAAGUAAGUGUCAUAACACAAUUAAAACAAUGAUAAUGGAUUUAAUUUAUUAUA